AAUGAGCAGCAAGCCGCUCUGCUGUAUCAGUCAGCCGGGGAGGCGGAGAGCAGCGCACUGUGGUCAUCUCACACAGUCUGGAGGAGAAAACAGCGGUCUGAGAGCUCGUAGCUUCGUGUUUGAUGUGUUAUUUUACCCGGAGGAGAGUGUAUAAUCGUGUGAGGUUCUACUGGUGGCCUCUCAGCAAGAGGGAAUGAGAGAAGCCUUGUGAAUAUUUGGUGAAGCAGCAGCAGCAGUGGCGCCUGGUCUCCUGAGCCUUCCCCUCUGCUUUCAUCCCAUCCAGCGUGGCAGAACGAGAUGGGGAACGGAUUAUCAGAGCCCCACGCCAUCUUCCCCUGUUUGCCGUCGUUCCAGGCCCUGCACAUUGUUAUUCUAGGGCUGGACUGUGCUGGCAAGACCACGGUGUUGUACAGACUGCGCUUCAAUGAGUUCGUCAACACUGUCCCGACCAAGGGCUUCAACACAGAGAAGAUCAAAGUGGCCCUAGGUGGGAAGGGCCGGACAGCAGCCUUCCACUUCUGGGAUGUUGGGGGCCAAGAAAAGCUACGGCCGCUGUGGCGCUCCUAUACGCGCUGUGCCGACGGACUGGUGUUUGUAGUGGACUCCGUGGACGCCGAGCGCAUGGAGGAGGCCAAAACAGAGCUGCACAAGAUCACGCGACUUCAGGAGAACCAGGGUGUGCCCGUGCUGGUGGUGGCCAACAAGCAAGACCUUCGCAGCGCUCUGCCACUUGGUGAGGUGGAGAGGCUGCUGGCACUGAAUGAGCUAAGUAUCCACACACCCUGGCAUCUCCAGCCUGCAUGUGCCAUCAUUGGGGAGGGCCUGCAGGAGGGCCUGGAGCGCCUUCACAGCAUGAUCGUCAAGCGGCGGAAGAUGAUGAGGCAGCAAAAAAGGAAGAGAUAACUGUUGGAAGGGCAGCGUGUGUGUGUGAGAAAGAGAGAGGGGCGGCUAGCAGGGUUCACUCACGCCUCUGGGCUGUGUCUGCUGAUGACACAGGCCGCUAGGCCCGCGUGACUGUGCACUGGUGGAUUGAUCGAUUUAUGCAGGCUGAGUUUUAUCAGUCUGAUGGAGCUGGAUGAACACAGUUCAAAGAUGUUGGACAUCAUGUUCAUCUCCAAGCGGACACUAUCGAUUUGCCACUCUGGUUAUGGAGGGUAAAAGUCCCGGGACAGUGCAGAUGAUGUCAUGGGAUAUAAAUACGUAAAGGAAAACAAUGUUACGCUACUUCAGUGGACUUAUUGUUCAUUGAUUUGUGAUGAAGGUAAACACUGGACAUAAACUCAACCCACCCCUCCAGGGUUAAACAUUUUCUAUUAUCUGUUCUUACACAAUGUGAACUAAUGAACUGAAAGGAUGGAUUACCAAAGCCCUGUAUGCUUCUAUAAGUGUUCUAAAAUGUACACGUUCAGGUGGUCUGUCACCCCUGUUGUUAUUAUUAUUAUUAUUAUUAUUAUUAUUAUUAUUAUUAUGAAAAUGGGCCUUUUCCCCUGAGUCUUUAUAUAGUACCAUUAUUGCACAACAGAGGUGUGGUUGAAGGGGAACCAAUAUAAGCUUUAUGAAUCACUAUUUGGGAACACAUGGAUGUUUUGAGGUUUUAGAAUGGGGUGUGUCACCAGCCUAACACCUAAAGUUCUGCACAGGCCAGUAAAUAUGCCACCGAGGGCAGGUAAAGAAAAAAACGAGCACAUGUUGGUUGAAGUGUCUAAUGUGGCUAAUGACUCAGCUCAGCAAGACGUCUCCCGUGAUCCUGGAGUUUCUCUCUCCUAAAACAAAUGGGUGUCAUUUGUGGUCCUAUACACAAUGUGUGCUUCCCUGUACAUUAUGCACUUUAGCAACCCCCCUUUUGUAGUCUAUGAACUUGUAUCAGAUUUUUUUCUAUGGAACUUAUGAAAGUAAAGAAAAGAUGUGACGUAUUGCUUCGAAGGAAGCGUUUUAUAAGUCCUAUGUUGUUCCACAUUCAAGUGUGUCAUUUUGUCACUCGGUAUGUAUGUGAUGGAGGGAUGUUCAUAUUUAUGUGUCAAAAUUUAUACACCUUGAAUAAAACAACAGCUACACUGAAGAAAA